AUGGUAAUUCAACAGCCCUCGAACCAAAUCAAACUUACCAACGUGUCGCUGGUGCGCCUAAAGAAGGGCAAAAAGCGCUUCGAAUUGGCUUGCUACAAAAACAAGGUCCUCGAAUGGCGCUCCGGCAUCGAAAAAGACCUGGACAACGUGCUCCAAAUCCCCUCCGUCUUCCUCAACGUCUCGAAAGGCCAGACCGCACCCUCCGCCGAACUCGCCAAGGCCUUCGGAAAAGAAACUUCAGUCGACGACAUCAUUCUCGAAAUCCUGCGCAAAGGCGAACUCCAAGUCGGCGAGAAAGAGCGCACAGCCCAGCUCGAGCGAGUCCACAACGAAGUCGUGUCCAUCAUUACCUCCAAGCUGGUCGACCCGCGCACCAAGCGCGUGUACACGCCGGGUAUGAUCGACAAGGCGCUCGAUAUGCUCAGUUCGAUGGCCCAUCAAAACCAGCAGCAACAACAACAACACACAGAUAAGACGUCUAACCCCAGCACGGCACCCGGCACACCUUCGACGAGCGAACCAGGCGAGAGCAAACCCAACCGUCCAAGCCACCUGCCGACCUGGACAGGCGUGGUCACGACCAAGAGCGCAAAGUCGCAAGCGCUCGACGCGAUGAAGGCGCUGAUCGCGCACCAGCCGAUCCCCGUGGCGCGAGCGCGCAUGCGGCUGCGCAUCACCUGCUCGACCAACGUCUUGAAGCAGCCCGUCAAGGCGCCCAAGGCGCCGGCGAGUGCUGAAGGAGGAGGAGACUCGGGGGAACAUAAAGCACCAGGGACAGUCAAGGACAAGAUUCUCAGCUUUGUUGAACAGGUGGAGAGCCAGGACGUCGUCGGUUCCGAGUGGGAGGUUGUCGGCUUUGUAGAACCAGGCGCCUUCAAGGGGCUGUCGGACUUUGUAGGGGGCGAGACGAAAGGGCAGGGGAGGGUUGAGGUUCUGGAUAUGGCUGUAACACAUGAGGAUUAA